AUGCAAUUAGCAUUUCUGGAGCUUGAAACCGCUUUCGACUUUCCUCAUCGAGGCCGUCUUCUCAACGUGCUCCGCGCAGAUGGAGUAGCAGGAAAGUUCGUUCGUCUACCUGAUGACAUAAAUCAGCGGACAACUGCUGCAGUUCGAACACCAGCCGGAUGUACUACAUCGUUUAAGGUGGUAACUGGAGUAAGACAAAGGACAGUGGCAGGACCCUUCCUGUUCAAUUUUGCCAUCGACGACAUUAUGCAAAGAACAGUAGACCAGUGUCCUGCCGAUAUCACUCUAGCACCAUCAGGACGCCCCCUGACCGAACUCGAGUACGCCGACGAUGUUGUUAUAUUCGCGGAAAGCAGUACAAAAUUUUAG